CAAUAAUAAAAAACAAUUAAUCACCAUAAAAAAAAUAAAAUAAAAUAAAAGAAUAAAAAAAUAAAAAAUGAAAUUAUUAUUAUUAUUAAUUUUAAUUUUAACAAUAAUUGUCUCAAUUAGAGCUGAUAAAGAAACAAGAGUAGUUAAGCUCGACAAUGAGCAAAGUGUUAUGGAUCUUUCGUUCAACAGACAUUCAAUUGUUCAAUUCGAAAUUGAUAAAGACUCAGUCAACGAAUAUAAAAUUAAUUACAAAACUGCUCCACAAGGUGCCCCAUCAAUUGAAAAUAUCCUUUUAAAUAAUAAGAACCCAUCUGCCACUGUUGUUUUUGAUGCUGAUGGUGAAUACGAAAUUGAAAAUACUGUCAAUAAAAACUUAUUAAAACUUAAAAUUCAAAAUCUAUACGUCAAGAGAGCAGGUAACUUCAAAGAAAAUGACCAUCUUGGUAAAGAAAUGCUUGAAAAAGAUACAUAUGGUGAAUAUCACUCAAUUGUUGGCAAAUAUGACCAAGAACAAAAAAGCAAAAAUUCACAACUUGAAAAUAACGAAAAUCUUUCAAACUUACAAAAUGAUGUUAACCAAGUAACCCAACAACAAAACCAAGCCAAUAGAAACACACCAGCCAAAUCAAAUGCUGCUCCAAAAGCUGCUGCCUCCAAUAAUGCUGCUCCAAAAGCUGCUGCCUCUAAUAACGCUGCUCCAAAAGUUAGUGACGCCAAAGCUGCCGAUGCCAAAGUUGAUGCCGCCCCAGCUGAUGAAGUCAAAGCCGACGCUGCCAAAGCUGAUGCCGCCAAAGCUGAAGGAAAUUCAUCAAACAUUAUUUCUGUCUCAAUUAAAAUGGUUGCUAUUAUUGCAGUCUCUUUAGUUGCUUUCUUCUAAAAAAAAAAAAAACCAAUUUAUCCACCCACUUAGUAACAUUACAUAAUCAUUAUAGUUUUUUAAAAAAUAUAAAAAUAAAAAAAAUUAAAUUAU